AUGCCGCCAACUCAGCUCCCCGCCUCUGGAAAUCCUCUGGUCUUCUUUGAUAUCACCCUUGGCGGCGAGCCCCUCGGCCGCGUCACGUUCGAGCUCUUCGCCGACACGACGCCCAAGACGGCCGAGAACUUCCGCCAGUUCUGCACGGGCGAGCACCGCCUCCACAACCGACCGCAGGGCUACAAGGGCUCCAAGUUCCACCGCAUCAUCCCGGGCUUCAUGUGCCAGGGCGGCGACUUUCUCAACGGCGACGGCACGGGCUCGACCUGCAUCUACGGCACCUCGUCCUUCGCCGACGAGAACUUCGCCAUCAAGCACGACGUGCCCGGCCUGCUGAGCAUGGCCAACGCCGGCAAGGACACCAACGGCAGCCAGUUCUUCAUCACGACGGUGCCGACGCCGUUCCUCGACGGCAAGCACACCGUCUUUGGCAAGGUCGUCGACGGCAUGGACGUUGUCAAGAAAAUGGAGGCUACGAAGACGGGGUACCGCGGGAAGGACGUGCCGAAUAUGGAUGUCGUUAUCGCGCAGUGCGGUGAGAUGUAG